AUGGUGGUUAAAGUUAACCUCCACAAAGCAUAUGGUAGCGUCAACUGGUCCUUCCUUGUUGAGACCCUUGAAGGGUUCGGUUUCCCCAAAAACCUUAUUGACCUUAUUGCUUUCUCUUUAAAAGAGAGUGAUAUCUCUAUUCUCUGGAACGGAGGGCGUCUCCAUUCUUUUGUUCCAGGUCAGGGCCUCCGCCAAGGUGAUCCCUUGGCCCCUUAUCUCUUUAAUCUUGUUAUGGAAAGGCUCGCCCAUGACAUUCAAGCCGAGGUUACUAAGGGCAGUUGGAAGCCGAUCCACAUUAUGCGAGGAGGGUUAGGUGUGUCCCACCUUUUCUUCGCGGACGACCUCAUGCUCUUCGGGGAAGCCUCAAUCCACAAGGCCACGGUUAUUUCGAACUAUCUGAAUAGGUUCAGUUGUGCCUUUGGACUUAAGGUAAACCUCUUUAAAUCCCAAGUCUAUUACUCAGCUAACAUGAAUGCAGGUUUAACGAAGACUAUUGGCGACAAAUUGGGUAUGCCCAUCACCUCUCAACUCGACUCUUAUCUGGGUAUACCCAUGCUCCAAAGGCAGGUCUCCAAAGACAUGUUCGCUACUGUAAUUGAUAAAAUGAGGGCUAAACUUGCAAUGUGGAAAGAAUCAUCUUUGAACAUGGCAGGUAGACGGAUCCUAGUUCAGUCCUCCUUCGCUACGGUCCCAACCUAUACAAUGCAAGCCAUGGCGUUGCCAAUCAGUUGCUGCAAGGACAUCAACAGAAUCUGUAGAAACUUUCUAUGGGGUCAUGAGGAUUCCACUCAAAAAAUCCAUACCAUUAACUGGUCCGAGGUCUGCAAACCUAGACAAAGGGGUGGUCUUGGUCUCCGAAAGGCGAAGGAUAUCAACCUAGCUUUUCUGACUAAACAAGUCUGUUGCACCAACGGUCGCUCGUGGGGCUGGCGCAGUAUCAUGAAGGGUAAAGUCGUAAAGAGAUACUACGGUCCAGGACAAAGUGGAAGAGGAUAUCGUUUCACAUUGGUUAAGGAGUUCAUCACGGACGGCAACACAUGGAAUAUUCCGACAAUGGAGGAGCUUCUACCUAACGACUGGAUAUCUAGAAUCAAGGCGGUUAUACUUCCCGUCGAUAACAAUCAAGAUGACAGCCUCUAUUGGCCUCAUUCAGGUCACGAGAAUGAAGAAGAUGCAUCACAUGCAUGGGUGUGGAGAAUUAACUACGCCAGAAAGAUUAAGCUCUUAUUGUGGAAAUCGUUGAAGGAUGGUGAAGAAUUCCUUGAUCACAUGUUUAGACAAUGCGAUAUAACCAAGGUGUGCCGGAGAUUCUCCAAUCCGCCAUCAAGAUUCAAUAGCAGCAACCACUUGCCGCUUCGCCUCUGGCUGGAAACGUUUUGCACGGGAUCGAGAGACGGACACAAGCUUAGCUACUGGAAUCUACUUUUUCCUCAUAUCCUAUGGAACAUCUGGAAAGGGCGAAAUAACCGAGUCUUCAACAGAGUCAGCUGGACGCCGGACUUCACGCCGGACUUCAAGCUGGAGCAAGCAAAAAGCCUCACCUACUGCUUCCGAGCUACGCCGCCGCCAAUCCACACCGGCAGGAGUCUCGUUCACACCGUCGGAAGGAGAUUAAAGCCGGAGAGGAGGGAGAGGGAGUCCGACAGUCACGGCCAAGCUCGACGCUCUGCUCAAGCACCUCCGUACGUUGUUGCUUCGCUCUGCUCGUCGGACGGGGAAGAGGAGGCCGGAGAAGAAGGGGCAACGCCACCGCCGCUGCUACCUUCGCCGCGACUCUGCCGUCGCCGACUCCAACCACUGUCGCUGCUGCCUUCGUCGAGAAAGAGAGAAUACAGGAGGGUUGAAGUCUAG